UUUUAAUCUCGUCUCUCUAAUUUUCCCUGAGAAAUAAAAAAAUAAAUAAAAGAAAGAAAGGCCAUGGUUUUGUCAUAUGAUCACUAACUAAGCAUCUAGUGUGGCUCUUUCUUUUCUUGCUUGGUUAAUUUAAUCAUGCUUGCUCCCAUGUAAUUCUGAAGGACAAUGUUUGUCCCUGUUUGGUUGCUGGGAAAAUUGGCUGAAUUUUCUAUUUCGAGUUAGAAACUUGCAAGCUAUCUCCAAUGGCAGAAGAAGCUCAGAAGGAGACGUCGAAUGCGAGAAGGCCUCACUUCUUUGCGUUUUAUUCUGCUGAUUUGAGCUCAGAAAGACUGAAAAUACCAGAAAGAUUUAUGAUACACAUGGAAGGUAGAACAUCUGGGUUAGUUUCUUUGUUUGGUCCUAGCGGGAAUGCAUGGAAUGUUGACUUGAUUCAAAAAAAUGGGGACUUGUUCUUUCAUCAUGGGUGGCCAGCAUUUGUGAGAGAUCAUUUUGUGGAAUGUGGUGACUUCUUGAUUUUCAGAUAUGAUGGUGAGUUGUGUUUCACUGUGCUUAUUUUUGAUCAAAGUGCGUGUGAGAAAGAAGCCGCAUUUCAUUCUGAAUGUGGCCAAGACUCUAGCAACUUUGAAAAAUAUAUGGGACGGAAAAGGGGCAGGGAGGAGGCUGCAUCAUCUGGCAAACUGGUUGAUGGUGUGGCAAAGAAAAUGAGAGAUUCCAGCAGUGAGGAAGGAUGUGGACAUGAGGGUGUAAUGUGUGAAGAAGCAACUUGUUCCAAGGAAAUUAAGCGAGCUGAAAAGCCUGGUUUGGAUAUUGUUCUUUGUAAAGCUAAUGCAUCCAUCCAAAAUACGUGCGGAAAAGGAGAUGGAUUAAAUGUGAAUGGUAGAGUUUGUGUGCAGAUGUCGUCGGCGCAUGAAAUAGCUCAAUCAUUUAGCUCCUCUAACCCUUAUUUUGUGAGAAUCAUGAAAAGUUUCAACAUCAGUGGUUCAUAUACUCUGAACAUCCCAUGUAAAUUUUCGGUGGCACAUCUACCCAACUGCAAAGUAAAGCUUGUCCUUCAUAAUUGGAAAGGAGAAAGUUGGACCGUCAAUUCUGUGCCAAGUACGAGAGUGCAUACAAGUCAUACUCUCUGUGGAGGAUGGAUGGCUUUUGUCCGUUACAAUGACAUAAAGCUUGGAGAUAUCUGCAUUUUUGAACUUGUGCAUGAGUGUGAAUUCCGUGUCCACGUUCAAAGUGGAGAAACAUCUAGUUGGUUAAGUGCUGAGCUGGCUCUCCCUUCAAUUAAAACGUUCAAAAGUUUGUCAAAGAUAAUGACGGGGAACUCUCCUAAAGUCCAUUCAAAGAGCAUAAGAAAGAUAGAGAAAGCUGAUAAAAUAGCACCAAAGAAGUUUCAAGAAGCUGCUUUCACUAAUGACGCAAGGAAAUAUGGUAGCACAUCAAAGUCUCUUACUAAAGUUUCACUCUCUCAGUCAAAAGCUGCCAAUAAAAAGUUGGUCAAUCACAGGAAAAAAAUUGUUGAAGAUGAACUAAACCCUGGAAGCAGUUUGAGAAUGAGGUUAACACUUGAUGAAGAAAGAGCGGCUCGAUCGUUCACUUCUUGUUUCCCGAGUUUUGUGAAAAUCAUGAAGAAGUUCAACAUCUGCGGUUCAUAUACAUUGAAAAUCCCAUACCAGUUUUCCACAGAACACCUCCCCAACUAUAAAACAGAGAUUGUUCUUCGAAAUUCAAAAGGGGAAUGUUGGACUGUGAAUUCUGUCCCAGACUCAAAAGGGCGAGUGGUGCAUACAUUUUGUGGAGGAUGGAUGGCAUUUGUACGCGGAAAUGAUGUCAACAUCGGAGAUAUUUGCAUUUUUGAGCUUGUUGGUAAGCGUGAAAUGCAAGUGCACAUUUCUGGUAUUGGUAAAAAGGGGUUUGACCAUCAGGAUGGAGAAGCAACAUCUAAUGCAGUGUAGCUGUUGUGUAAUCUACCGGCAAUGUACCUUCACUGUGACACUUGAUCAAGCUCAACUAUCCCUCUGAAUACAUGUUUUGUGCUGAGCUAUGCCAAUUGCCAUUUUGUGAUUCUCUAAUCUUAUCCUGCAUAUAAUGUUGACUGCUAACUAAACUCUCUUUAUGUUGGUGUUAUCUACAAGUGCAUUUGUCACAUCUAGUAUUUG